AUGGAGGAGGUGCUGGAGGAGGUGAUGGAGGAGGUGAUGGAGGAGGUGCUGGAGGAGGUGAUGGAGGAGGUGAUGGAGGAGGUGAUGGAGGAGGUGAUGGAGGAGGUGAUGGAGGAGGUGAUGGAGGAGGUGCUGGAGGAGGUGAUGGAGGAGGUGAUGGAGGAGGUGAUGGAGGAGGUGCUGGAGGAGGUGAUGGAGGAGGUGAUGGAGGAGGUGCUGGAGGAGGUGAUGGAGGAGGUGAUGGAGGAGGUGAUGGAGGAAGGUGAUGGAGGAGGUGAUGGAGGAGGUGAUGGAGGAGGUGAUGGAGGAGGUGAUGGAGGAGGUGAUGGAGGAGGUGCUGGAGGAGGUGAUGGAGGAGGUGAUGGAGGAGGUGAUGGAGGAGGUGAUGGAGGAGGUGCUGGAGGAGGUGAUGGAGGAGGUGACGGAGGAGGUGAUGGAGGAGGUGACGGAGGAGGUGAUGAGGAGGUGAUGGAGGAGGUGAUGGAGGAGGUGAUGGAGGAGGUGAUGGAGGAGGUGAUGGAGGAGGUGAUGGAGGAGGUGAUGGAGGAGGUGACGGAGGAGGUGAUGGAGGAGGUGACGGAGGAGGUGAUGAGGAGGUGA